AAGAGGAAGGAGACGUGUGGGUCUGAGGAAGUGGGAGUUUCUCCCCUCCUGAAAAUGUUACCGUGGUGGAUUUGGUAGAAAUUUGUCACCGGCGGUUCUUUUCCCUGCUCGGCUCAGUAGAAUACGGACCCUCUUUUGACUGCAUGGCUUGAAGAGCUCGCCGGUAUCCGGCAGGGCUCUGCAGAUUGGUAAAACCCUAAGAAACGGAGCAGGUUGUUCAUACUCUGAACCUGCCUUCUCAGCACUUGUUGGCUGGGCUAAGACUAUGGCUCCUAAAGAUAUAAUGACUAAUUCACAUGCCAAGUCCAUUCUUAAUGCAAUGAACUCUUUGCGAAAGAGUAACACACUCUGUGAUGUGACCUUGCGUGUGGAACAAAAAGACUUUCCAGCUCAUCGUAUUGUAUUAGCUGCUUGCAGUGACUACUUUUGUGCUAUGUUCACAAGCGAGCUUUCAGAGAAAGAUAAACCCUAUGUGGAUAUCCAAGGGCUAACAGCCUCAACUAUGGAAAUACUGCUGGAUUUUGUAUAUACAGAGACGGUCCAUGUGACGGUAGAAAAUGUUCAGGAGUUACUCCCUGCAGCCUGUUUACUUCAGCUGAAAGGAGUAAAGCAGGCUUGCUGUGAAUUUCUGGAAAGCCAGUUGGAUCCUUCUAACUGUUUGGGUAUUCGUGAUUUUGCUGAAACGCAUAAUUGUGUUGAUUUAAUGCUGGCAGCAGAGGUUUUUAGUCAGAAGCAUUUUCCAGAUGUAGUACAACAUGAAGAGUUUAUCCUCCUCAGUCAAGAAGAAGUGGAAAAACUCAUCAAGUGCGAUGAAAUUCAGGUCGCUUCUGAAGAGCCUGUCUUUGAAGCAGUUAUUAAUUGGGUGAAGCACUCAAAAAAGGAACGGGAAGCCUCUUUACCAGAGCUUUUGCAAUACGUGCGCAUGCCACUUCUAACUCCACGCUAUAUCACCGAUGUCAUAGAUACUGAGCCUUUUAUCCGAUGCAGUUUACAGUGCAGAGACCUUGUAGAUGAAGCUAAAAAGUUUCAUUUGAGACCUGAACUCCGGAGCCAAAUGCAAGGCCCCAGAACCCGAGCACGUCUUGGUGCCAAUGAAGUUCUCUUAGUAAUUGGGGGUUUUGGAAGUCAACAGUCUCCCAUUGAUGUGGUGGAGAAAUAUGACCCCAAAACACAAGAAUGGAGCUUCCUACCAAGCAUCAGCCGCAAAAGACGCUAUGUUGCAACAGUUUCCUUGCAUGACCGGAUAUAUGUGAUAGGUGGCUAUGACGGCCGUUCACGUUUGAGCUCUGUGGAAUGCUUAGAUUAUACUUCUGAUGAAGAUACCAUUUGGUACUCUGUAGCGCCAAUGAAUGUUCGACGGGGUCUAGCAGGGGCCACAACUCUAGGAGAUAUGAUCUAUGUUUCUGGAGGUUUUGAUGGAAGCAGACGCCAUACCAGUAUGGAAAGAUAUGAUCCAAAUAUUGAUCAGUGGAGUAUGUUGGGAGAUAUGCAGACAGCUCGUGAAGGUGCAGGACUGGUUGUGGCCAAUAAUAUUAUCUACUGCCUUGGUGGGUAUGAUGGUCUAAACAUCUUAAAUUCUGUGGAACGAUAUGAUUCCCAUACAGGGCAUUGGACAAAUGUGACUCCAAUGGCUACUAAACGCUCAGGAGCUGGAGUAGCCUUGCUGAAUGACCACAUAUAUGUGGUUGGAGGGUUUGAUGGAACAUCACAUCUCUCCUCUGUGGAAGCGUAUAACAUUCGUACAGACUCUUGGACAACAAUAACAAGCAUGACAACACCCCGCUGUUACGUGGGGGCAACAGUGCUCCGUGGAAGGCUUUAUGCCAUAGCUGGGUAUGAUGGAAACUCACUCCUGAGCAGUAUUGAAUGCUAUGAUCCUAUCAUCGACAACUGGGAAGUGGUGACAUCACUAGGAACCCAACGUUGUGAUGCUGGUGUUUGUGUGCUACGAGAGAAGUGACUUUAGGAAAGGCUUGGGAGAGCACUUCCAUGGAACAAUUACCAGAAAAAACAUUGACUGACUUGGAAUUAUUCAUCUUGUAGCUGUGAAUUAAGUCACUUUUAAUAUCCGGAUUAUGCUGCAAAACAUCAACAAAUCUACUGAUUCUGGUUUGAAGAAAAACCCAGACACAAUGCACUUUGACUUGACAAUGGAUGAACUGCAUGCUUAUGUAGACUAAGCUUGUAAAAAUGAAUUAUCAGAGCUGCAAGAACGUCUGCCUCCUGGUCUGCUGAAUAUCUAAAAUUAAGUUGGUCAUCUCAGUUGUCUCUAAUCAUCAGCACGUACUCAUUGAGUUUUGAGCACAUCCAAAGUUCAGUUUGUUCCUGAAUAUUUUCAUAUACCAAAUAUCCUGGUGAACAUCAUAUGAGCAGAUCAAACUUUUUUUGGAUAUUUUUUUCAGAUUCUGCACCAGCUUGCCCAUGUCCUUCUGGAAAGCAAUCAGGCACAACUGAUCUGUGAAAAUGAAAGAUUCUGUAUAUCGGUAUACGAACUUUACAUAUGCAAUACAUAAGGUGGGGCAAGAGGCAGACAUAGAGGAAAAUUAGCUACUGGGAUAUGCAGUCAUGUCUGCUGGGGAGAACAGUAGGCAAAGCAAGCAGACAGCGCUACAUCUUUAAAUAUUUUAAAAAAUACCAGAGGCUAGAAUCAAUAUGCACUAGAGAAAAAAAUUAUGUGCUAGUGCUUAAGCAACAACCAGGUUUAUGUUUACAUAUGACUUCUAAGCUACAAACUCUUGCCAGUAGCAGAACAAUGAAGGAUGUUCUUGGCAUCUUGAAUGCGGCAGUUAUUUAUAAAUAAUAUGUGCUUUUGAAGAAAACCUUUAUCCAAGGUACUUUUUAGGGAUUGGAUGUGCCCACGCACUAUGAGUUAUCACUUCAAAUCAUAAGACAUUCCCAAAGGUACAGUGAUCACUUUCAAGUUGCACUGCAAAUAAGGUUGAAAUGUGAUGCCUAUAAAGGGAUUGCAGUGUGUAUGUCCAGGAUGAAUGUCAGUACACAUUUUUUGCAUUUCAGUUUUGUUAUUCUGUAUUUCUGAUGCUUCAGCCAGAAAAGUUAACUUCCUUCUUAUCCACUAAGGAUUUUUGAAUAAUCAUCUCCAAAGCAAGCUGGAACUAUUGACUUGCUCAAGUCAUUCCUCUGUGGUGGCACCUAAGAUUCCCAGCUCCCUAUCUCCUUAAUAUGCCUCUGAUAUAUAAUGCAGCUUGUAUUAGAUACGUGAAGACAAGUCGCUUUGCUGGUGGAAACAUAACCCUGUGGAUAAUGCUCCCCCAUCCUCAAUUAUGUGCUGUGGCUUUCAGUGUGACCUUGGCAUUUUCUCCCAUAAAUCUACUGAGGCUUUGUGUGUGUUAUCCAAUCAGGAACCAAGGGAUGAAUGUAUUUAUUUUCUUGGGUGUGGGUGACUUCUUGUUUUGGGGAUGGGGGUACAAUAGACUAAUUAUGCACUUUCAAAUAACAUUGAUUUAAAAAUCCUGACCUAUCACACUAGUGUUUGAUUCCUUUCAUAUGUAUUUUUUAAU